AUGACAAUAUUUGUUGUAGGUUUCUGGAUCGUUACGUUUUUAUGUACUUUAAUAUUUUUGCUAACUAAAAACUCAUUCAGCAGCAAUCAUGAUAAGAAUUUCAGCAGGUUUCAACACAUCUACCUGUUGGUAUAUUUGUUUGCCACAGGUAAUGAUUGGAUUCAAGGACCUUACAUUUAUGCUCUGUACAGACACUAUGGAUUUUCAUCCCAGGAAAUAGAUCGGCUGUUUGUGGCUGGGUAUGGGUCGAGUAUGGUCUUUGGGACUUUUGUCGGGUCGUUGGCUGAUAGAUUUGGUAGAAAGAAAAAUUGCCUUCUUUAUGCAUUUUUGUACAGCUUAUCUUGCAUUACAAAACACAUUCCAAGUUUUUCAGUCUUGUUUAUUGGUCGAAUUAUUAGCGGAAUAGCCACUUCUAUAUUGUGCAGUGCGUUUGAAUCCUGGCUCAUAUGUGAGCAUAACAAGAACAACUAUCCCAUGAAUAUGUUGUCGCCUGUUUUUUCAAGGGUCGUCAUUGGAAAUUCAUUGGUGGCAAUUGCAUCUGGAAUUGUUGCUCAGUUCUCUGUUGACUAUUUCGGCUAUGUGGCUCCAUAUGAUAUAGCAAUAAUUAUAUUGACGAUAAUGUCAAUACUCAUAUUCAUCCUAUGGGAUGAAAAUUAUGGUGAUGAGAAAAUAAACUAUUUUGUGUCUUUCCAAAAUGCCUUUCGUGCCAUCAAAAUAGAUGCGAAAAUUUGUUAUUUGGGUUUGGUGCAAUCUCUUUUUGAAGGAUCCAUGUAUACAUUUGUGUUGAAGUGGACGCCUUUUCUUACGAUUCAACAUCCUCAAGGUCAAAUACCACACGGUUUCAUUUUUGCAGCAUUCAUGGUUUCCAUAAUGACUGGUUCCUCGCUCUUCCGAGUUUUGUCAUCUCAUUUCAAAGUUGAGUCUUUCCUAAGAUUUGUCUUGUUGUUGUCAGCCUUCUGCUUGUCUGUUCCCAUCUUAUUACCGCAGAAUCAGUUGAUGGUAUACAUCAGCUUCAUUUUGUUUGAAUUAUGCGUUGGAAUUUUUUGGCCAUCGAUGUCCAUGAUGAGAGGCAGAUACCUGCCUGAAACAAACAGAGCAGCAAUUAUGAACAUAUUCAGGGUUCCUUUGAAUUUUUUUGUCGUGGUUACUCUAUUACAGAAUUUUCCCAUAAACGUAGUAUUUUCGUGUUGCGUAGUUUUCUUGACUCUUGCAGCGUUUUUCCAGGAUCGAAUGUACAGGUAA